GAAAAUUUGACUAGUGAAGGUCAUGUGUCAAACGCAUAAAGAGGUUAUGCCUUGCCAUAAGGAAUGGGCUAGAGAGGUUCCUUGGACUCUUCAUGAAGUCUUCCGCAGUUAAUUUAUAUACACAAACCGCAUAUAAAUUCUCACCUACUAACAACAAAAUUCAUUAUAGAUGCUUUUCUUCAUGUGGAGGGUUUCGGAGUAUCACUUUACUCUGCAUAAAUCGGCUCAUUUUCACUCGGGUUUAGCACACCUCUGUCGGUCUCGAUUUCUUUUUUGAAGUGGGUAUUGCGGAUCUGAGUCGAAAUCUCAAAACUUGUAGUGGGUCUUGAAAAUCUUUGAUAAGUAGAAAUGGCAUUGGAAUGGGUCGUUCUUGGGUAUGCAGCAGGAGCAGAGGCGAUCAUGCUGCUUCUACUAACAUUGCCUGGUCUGGGUCGUCUCAGAAAGGGGCUUAUUGCUGUGACUCGCAACGCUCUAAAACCCAUGUUGUCCGUGGUACCAUUUUGUCUGUUUCUGCUAAUGGACAUCUACUGGAAGUAUGAGACAAGGCCUACUUGUGAAGGGCAUGCUUGUAGCCCUAGCGAGCACCUGCGUCAUCAGAAGUCAGUCAUGAAGAGCCAGAGAAAUGCAGUUCUCAUUGCCUCCGCACUCCUGCUUUAUUGGCUCCUGUUUGCUAUCACAAGCCUCCUUGUCAAGAUCGAGCGCAUGAACGAGCAGAUAAAGAAGUUAAAGGACGAAUAGGAAAUUUUAGGUUGGCCCCGGAAUUGGGUUGGUUUUAGAUUUUGCAUCUCUGAUUUGGGUUUUUAUAAGUUUUUGAUUUCCUUAUCUUAACAGGGCAGGGUAUUUAAAUGGCUUGAUUUACUGUUAUUUGCUCAUAUCUUUUCUUUUUCUUUUUAAAGAUCUGUAAAAAAGGAGUUGUACGCUCAUGACUUUUGGUACCCUUCAAUUCGUAUGAAACAAGUUUAAUACGCCCUAUUAUAAUUGA